AUGAAAUCAAAUCACUCUGACAGCCGUCGGUUCACGGUUAAGGUCAAAGGCCCGCACGAAACCGAAAACGCUGACCACAGAGACCUCCUUCUUGCACAACUGAAAAAGAUCCCACGGGACAUCCAGUUUCUCGAAAUUACGGAAGAUACGCCGUCUGAUGUUGAAUGGGAAAUGCUUGGCAAUCACUUCAGCAAUAUCAAAGAUCUUGAGAUGCGCACGGGUUUCAACGAGGAGUUGACUGAUGCGGAACUACCCACACACUGGCCGCUGGAACGGCUUCUUGUCAGCGACGCCUGUGCAGAAGUGUUUCGCAGUCCGUUCGUUCUCGAGGGAAGAGUCAAGCAUCUCGUUCUGCUACUGACGUCUGGACUACGGUUUGAAGGGCCGACCAGCGCUGAGCUGUAUCGUGCGAACAAGGAGGCGAUUUCCCGCGGAGAAAAAGAGGCCAAGUACAUGACUGUCCGCGAAGGAACGCCCGAACAGAAGAAGAUUGAGCUAGUAUUCCUUCCGGAACUCGUCGCAGAAUCAAUGAAUGAGCGGUAUGCCGGGACGCGCGCGACGCCGCCACUGAUCACCAACACUGACUUACCGCUUCUUCCGACGGAAGUAUCAUCGAAGAUGGAGAAGCUGGAAAUAUUCGAAAACGACGCUAUCGAUACCUUCAACCGGAUGACCGUUGCUCUUCCACAUGUCGUAGAGAACCUGUCUACACUCAACAUCCGCUCCACCAGUGGCUUAGAUUUCCACUUUACGACUGAAGAGUGGUUUGCGUGUUUUCUUCCAGAGCUUCCAAAGUUGAGGACCUUUGUUCUUUCCGUGGGCGAUAUCUUCAAGGAUGAAAACCUCCUCCCAACACUGUACACUCUGUUUCCCCCGAAUCUCUCAACACUGCGCUUUCGAGGUCCCGCGUCGCUUGGCAGGUCCAGCGAGUGGGCCAACUGGGUGAAGGCCUUUGCGUCUUCGGACUUUCUACCAAACUUGAAACGACUGAGUUUCGUAUUAGAUUUACACUAUGAGGCUGCAAAGGAAGGCACCUCUAGAAGGGAGCUCGUCGCGGCACCGGAGGAUAUACUUCGAGAUGCGCAGGAUGCGUGCAAACAGCUGUAUCACGCUGUUGAGCAGCGUGGGAUUAUUCUGGAACCAUUCCAGGAUAAAUGGUCUGAUCAUUGCGCACUCCUCAAACAGGUUGAUGAGCGCUGGAUGCAACUUUGA